AUGGCGGGGAACGACUGCGGCGCGCUGCUGGACGAAGAGCUCUCUUCCUUCUUCCUCAACUAUCUCGCAGACACACAGGGCGGAGGGUCUGGGGAAGAGCAGCUCUGUGCAGAUUUUCCAGAGCUCGACCUCUCCCAGCUGGACGUCGGUGACUUUGACUCGGCCACCUGCUUCGAGGAGCUGCAGUGGUGCCCAGAGAGCUCUGAGACAGACCUGAGCCAGUACAGCCCCGAGGACGCAGAGCUCUUCCAGAUCAUCGACAGUGAGAAUGAGGCGCUCCUGACGGCACUCACCAAGACCCUGGAUGACAUAUCUGAAGAUGAUGUGGACCUGGAGGCUUUCCCGGCCCUGGACGAUGACGAUGCACCCUCCUGCACCUCAGCCUCACCUUCCCCUUCGUCUGCACCCCCCAGCCCCUCCCUGGAGACACCCCUGGUCCCAGCCCCAGCAGUGGAUGAGCUCUCACUGCUGCAGAAGCUGCUCCUUGCCACGUCCUCCCCGACGACAAGCUCUGACAGCCAGAAGGACGGGACCACCUGGCGGCAUGCUGGCCGCAGGUCCAAAAGUCAGCGGCCUGGUGUCAAGGUGGACAGCAGCCAAGACAAGAAGACCCCUCUCCCACAGCCCCAGAGCCGAAACUGUACAGAACUGCAUAGGCACCUCACCUCGGUGCUGUCCUGCCCCCGGGCUAAAGCCCGCUCCCCAGAGAGGGCCCCGCACCCACCACCACCCCUGAGUCCUCGGCUCCCUGCCAGGGAGGAAAAGGAGCCAGGUGAGGACUGCCCAAGCCCCCAGCCAGCCCCAGCGUCUCCCCACAACUCUGCAGCGCCAGGCAGCGCAGGCCCCAGUGCCCAGGCUUCCCAGGAGGACAUGCGGGCCAUGGUGCAGCUGAUCCACUACAUGCACACCUACUGCCUCCCCCAGAGGAAGCUGCCCGCCCAGACCCCAGAGCCUGCCGCCCAGCCCUGCAGCCCCUCCAGGCAGGUCAGAGUGCAGCCCAAAUCCCGGUCGCCCUCCAAAGCGCCCUGGGCUGAGUUCUCUAUCCUGCGGGAACUUCUGGCUCAAGAUGUCCUAUGUGAUGUCAGCAAACCCUACCGCCUGGCCACACCUGUGUAUGCCUCCCUCACACCCCGGACAAGGCUCAGGACCCCUAAGGACAGUCAUGCCUCCUCCGGUCACCUGUCCCCUGUGGAGGAGGUGAGGAUUGCGGCUUCACCCAAGAGCCUGGGGCCUAGAGCGAGCCUGCGUCCUCUGCGGCUGGAGGUGAGAGGGGGUGUCCGCCGGCCUAGCAGGCUGCAGCGGGAAGAGGAAGACGAGGAGGAGGAAGAGGAAGAGGAGGAGGAAGAAAAGGAGGAGGAGGAGGAGGAGUGGGGCAGGAAAAGGCCAGGCCGAGGCCUGCCAUGGACCAAGCUGGGCAGGAAGCUGGAGAGUUCCGUAUGCCCAGUGCGCCGCUCGCGGAGGCUUAACCCCGAGUUAGGCCCCUGGCUGAGCUUCUGCGAAGAGUCCCUGGUCCCUCCAGAGCCCCAAGGUGCUCUGUCCUCACUGUGCCUGGCUCCCAGGGCCUACGAUGUGGAGGGGGAGCUGAGCAGCCCCACGGACGAGGACAGUGGCCAAGACCAGCAGCUCCUGCGGGGUCCCCAGAUUCCGGCUCUGGAGAGCCCCUGCGAGAGUGGGUGUGGGGAUACAGAUGAAGACCCCAGCUGCCUGCGGCUCCCUCCCAGAGACUCUCCCAGGUGCCUCAUGCUGGCCUUGUCACAAAGUGACCCUCCCUUUGGCAAGAAGAACUUCGAGCAGACCUUGACGGUGGAGCUCUGUGGCACAGCAGGACUCACCCCACCAACCACACCCCCAUACAAGCCGACAGAAGAGGACCCCUUUAAGCCUGACAUCAAGCACACCUUGGGCAAAGACAUAGCUCCCAGUGUCCCCUCCCCCGAAGGCCCCCAGCUUGGGGCCACUGCAGAGGCUACCCACAAGCUGCCAAAGAAACACCCGGAGCGGAGCGAGCUCCUGUCCCACCUGCGGCACACGGCAGCCACUCCAGCCUCCCAGGGUGGACAGAAGCGCCCCUUCUCCUGUUCCUUCGGAGACCACGACUACUGCCAGGUGCUCAAGCCGGAGGGCGCUCUGCAGAGAAAGGUGCUGAGGUCCUGGGAGCCAUCUGGGACGCACCUGGAGGACUUGCCCCAGCAAGAUGCCCCUCAGGCUGAGGCAGCGGCCUGUGUCAGGGAGGACGACAGGAGCUGCGAUGCCAACACCCCCACCAAGGACAGCGUGCUGCUGAGAGACCAUGAGAUCCGCGCCAGCCUCACCAAGCACUUCGGGCUCCUGGAGAGUGCCCUGGACGACGAAGACCUGGCCUCGUGCAAAAGCCCCGAAUAUGACACCGUCUUUGAAGACAGCAGCAGCAGCAGUGGUGAGAGUAACUUCCUCCUGGAGGAGGAAGAGGACAAUGAGGAGGACUCGGGGGCCAGCUCCCCUCGCUCUGACCACUGCCCCUACCAGAGCCCACCGAGGAAGGCCAGUCGGCAGCUCUGUUCCCGCAGCCGCUCCAGCUCUGGCUCCUCCUGCCGCUCCCGGUCACCAGCCACCCGGAGGACCUUCAGAUGUGAUAGCAGAGGGCCGUGUUCAGACAGAACGCCAAGCAUCCGGCACGCCAGGAAGCGGCACGAAAAGGCCAUUAGUGAAGGCCGGGUGGUGUACAUUCGCAAUCUCUCCAGCGACAUGAGCUCUCGCGAGCUGAAGAGGCGCUUCGAGGUUUUUGGGGAGAUUGUAGAGUGCCAGGUGCAGACCAGAAGCAAGAGGGGCGAGAAGUAUGGCUUCAUCACCUACAGGUGUUCUGAGCAUGCUGCUCUCUCUCUGAGAAACGGCUCUGCCCUGAGGAAACGCAAUGAGCCCUCCUUCCAGCUGAGCUACGGAGGGCUCCGCCACUUCUGUUGGCCCAGAUACACUGACUAUGAUUCCAAUUCAGAAGAGGCCCUUCCUAUGUCAGUGAAAAACAAGUACGAAGCCAUGGAUUUUGACAGCUUAUUGAAGGAGGCCCAGCAGAGCCUGCAUUGA